AUGGCGACGGCCGCCUCUGCGCCGUCAACGAUCGGGCUUUCCCCCUUGGAUUCCGGGCUCCCUGCCUGCACCUCGCCUUCAGCAUCUGUAAUGAAGAGACAUACGGCAUCUGAGAUACCUCCUACUUCUGGCAUGACCAUUAAGAAAAUAGGCCACCGAGGUGUUGAUUCCUCAGGAGAGACAACAUAUAAAAAGACAACCUCAUCAGCCUUGAAAGGUGCCAUCCAGCUAGGCAUUACUCACACUGUGGGGAGCCUAAGUACCAAACCAGAGCGGGAUGUCCUCAUGCAAGAUUUCUAUGUGGUAGAGAGUAUCUUCUUUCCCAGCGAAGGGAGCAAUCUAACCCCUGCUCAUCACUACAGUGACUUUCGUUUCAAGACAUAUGCACCUGUUGCCUUUCGCUACUUUCGGGAGUUAUUUGGCAUCCGGCCCGAUGAUUAUUUGUACUCCCUUUGUAGUGAGCCACUGAUUGAACUCUGCAAUUCUGGGGCCAGUGGCUCUCUUUUCUAUGUGUCCAGUGAUGAUGAAUUCAUCAUUAAGACAGUCCAGCAUAAAGAAGCGGAAUUUCUACAGAAGCUGCUUCCAGGAUACUACAUGAACCUCAACCAGAACCCUCGAACUUUGCUGCCUAAAUUCUAUGGUCUGUACUGUGUGCAAGCUGGUGGUAAAAACAUUCGAAUUGUGGUGAUGAACAAUCUCUUACCACGUUCAGUCAAGAUGCAUGUCAAAUAUGACCUUAAAGGCUCAACCUACAAACGACGGGCUUCCCAAAAAGAGCGAGAGAAACCUCUCCCAACCCUAAAAGACCUGGACUUCUUACAAGACAUCCCUGAUGGUCUAUUUUUGGAUGCUGAUAUGUACAAUGCUCUUUGUAAGACCCUACAGCGUGACUGUUUGGUGCUGCAGAGCUUCAAGAUAAUGGACUAUAGUCUUUUGGUAUCUGUCCACAACAUAGAUUAUGCACAGAGAGAACCCUUAGGCAGUGAAGCACAACAUCCAGUUGAUAAUCGUCGACCAGCCCCCCAAAAGGCUCUCUAUUCCACAGCCAUGGAGUCCAUCCAGGGCGAAGCACGUUGGGGUGGCACAGUGGAAACUGAUGACCAUAUGGGUGGCAUCCCUGCCCGGAAUUGUAAAGGGGAAAGGUUGCUGCUUUAUAUUGGUAUCAUUGACAUUCUACAGUCUUACAGGUUUAUUAAGAAGUUGGAGCACUCCUGGAAAGCUCUGGUACAUGAUGGGGAUACCGUAUCAGUGCAUCGCCCAGGCUUCUACGCUGAACGGUUCCAGCGCUUCAUGUGCAACACAGUGUUCAAGAAGAUCCCCUUGAAGUCCUCUCCUUCCAAAAAGUUUCGGUCUGGCGCAUCUUUCUCUCAGCGAGCAGGCCCCAGCGGCAACUCCUGCUGCCAGCCAACAGUAUCUGGGGAACACAAGGCACAAGUGACAACAAAGGCGGAAGUGGAGCCAGGUGUCCACCUCGGUCGUCCUGAUGUUUUACCUCAGAGUCCACCUCUGGAGGAAAUAAAUGAGGACUUGCAAAUGCUAACCACAAGUUCAUCCCCCCUGGAAAAGCUUGAAAUUACAGAGUCAGAGUUCUCCCAUGUAAGUAUCUGGGAGCUCUUUCUCUUUGAUCCUUUCCAGAAGAUCCCAGAUUCUUCAUAA